UGUUUAGUUAAAGUGUUCAGAUGGUACACAUGAUUUAGUCGUUGGACAGUUCAUUGCGUUCUAUGAGAAGUUGGAUCUAAUAUUCUUUACAAUUGGAUUCAUGAACUGUUUGCUAACACAAUAACACACAGACAGGUAUUGAAUUUAGGUUAAUUGUUGGUUUACUGAGCGAAUCAGAUCAGGAAUGAGUACGAGGGAGAGGUUGUUGAGUGCAUUUUCGAUCAAAUUUGGUCACACAGAACCACCAGAGCUGUUUUGUUUGAAGUGUUAUGAUCAGCAACAUACCGAUGUCUUAAACCAAGACUUGACAUUACUAACGGUAAAACUUAAUCAACUCCAGGGUGAGUUAGAUCGCAUAACGUUUGUUCGAAAUUGGAUUAUUGAAGAAAUUAAAAAAGAAUCUUCCUGCACUGACUUGGAAGGGGAUCAUAUACCUGUAACAAAAGAAAACGGAGAUAUUAGUUCAGACCCAGAAAUGAGUAACAACAGUUACAGAGGUGGUUUUCAGGAAAAUGAAAUUGGUACUGGAAGUAGUAGCCCACCUCUUUCAACUUUUAGACCUGAUGUUGUUCCACGAAAAAAUCCCCCUGUUGUGCCUCCCAGAAGGGAUUCUAGCAGAAACUCUCGAGACUUUGAAGUUAUCGACUCUAACUCGCGUCCUGGUUCACAGGCUGGUUCACGGCCCUCAAGUUAUGUUGCCCCUGCGAUCUCUGAGGAACCAGAUUCAGACAGUGAUGAUGAUUAUGAACAAAUCUAUGAGAAUAUCCCCUUUCUGAAAAACCCGAGGGAAUUCGGCCUUCCUCAAAUCAAAGUCCCCUCCCCAGAGCCGAUUCGCAGGAUGCCACAUGACGAAGACACAGACUACGAAAAUGAACAUUUGGAUGAGGAAAAAGUUAUGAAACAUGAGGUUGCCAGCCGCCAGGCUAGUAUAAAUCCAGAGGGUACAAGCGUAACAGAGCUGUUAACAAGCGGAGAACAUGUUCCGACAAAACUGGGAAUGCAUUGUAUUGAGGAAGACGCAACAUCGGAAGGGUCUAAUAGCAAUGAAUAUUCAAAGGGCGAUUCAGCAAUAUCACGCUCAAUGGGUAUCCGAGUAAGGAGAAAAUACAGUUCUCAAAGUUCUGAUUCAAAUUCAGUCGAUUCUGGAACAUGUAUUUCAAACUCACCAGAAGACGCCACUAUGAUUAAGUUUGAAGACCCCACUACAAAAAAGAGGCCGCAGACAUUGUACGAUGAAUUAAUACCUAAGGAAGAAGUAGACGCCACUUGCGACCUCCUACAAGUACAAAUCGAUGAUGCCCUUGCAAAAAAAUAUUCUACUCCAGAUGUUGAAGAUUUAAACCUGCGACGUAUAAUAUUAGGCACAGUACUGGACAGCGAGAAAAAAUAUAUUACUUCAAUGGAGUGCCUUCUUACGGUAAUGAAGGUAUUCAGUGGAAAUAUGAACACCUCACAACCAAUUCUAUCAUCUGAAGAUUACAGUUGCUUGUUCUACAAGAUUGCAGAGCUGUGUCAGGUGCACCAAGAGUUCCGCAAUAACCUGGAAGCGCGACUCAAGGAGUGGACCCCAGAUCAAACUUUCAGUGACUUGUUCCAGUUUUUGGAAGGUCAUAUGUACUUGCACGAAGAAUAUGCAAGCAAUUACCAGCAAUCUAUUGCGGUACUGGACAGAUGCCGUAAGGAGAAUCCACAAUUUAACCAGAUUGCAGAAAACAUCAAGAUGUCAAACGGAGAAGCGGCAACUCUGGAAUCUCUUCUCUAUGGACCUUUACAGAAGGUGACAAAAUUAACUUUAGUUCUUCAUGAUCUUCUGAGGCACACGCCUGAAAUCCAUCCUGACUACCAGAUCAUGAAAGAGGUCCACGAUCGCUCUAACCAAUUCUUACAGAAGCAGAGCUUCGAAGCACCUAGGGAGCGUACAAAGAGUUUCAAAGCAAGGAAACGAUAUUUGAUCAAGGAAAGUUACUUAGUAGAAUGGAAUGAGGGUGAGAGGCGUUUGCGCCACGUUCUUCUAUGGAAUGAUGUCAUAAUCUGUGCGGCCGAAAAGAGCACAAGAGCUAUAUUUACCCAAGAAAAACAGAAGGGCCAGUACGAGUGCAAAUGGUGUAUCCCUCUCACCGAAAUCUCGCUCUCACCUUUCGACCAAUCAGAAGCACCAUACCACUUUGAUGUGUCCUCCUCGUUGUAUUCCUUUAUGUCACUCUCAACUCUUGCCACUCCCACCAUCCAAUCAGGUGAGCCUGUAGUGAAGAUGACGAGUGCUGAAGAUAUUAAGAAACUCAGGAAAGAACUUACCACAAUCAAGACCCAGCUGAAGCGGGCUUCUGGACAGAGGAAUUUAAGAAAGAAUGCAACCAAACACAAGAAAACGCUACAAGAACUUGAAGCAACAAUGGUUAUGGCCUCGCCUAACCUCCCAUUCCAUCUGUACCAUCAACAUGGCAAGACGUACACACUACUGAUGUCCUCAGACUAUGAACGAAUUGAAUGGCGUGAAGCAAUUGCAAAAGCAAAGAGGGAAUGCACAUUUACACCGUCUCUGACUUCUUUCCAUCUUGACAAAGUGAUGGCUAAAUGUAAAAGGACCCGCAAAGUGAAUCAUAUAGGAUCAAUUCUGCUGAAGGAUGAUGAAGAAAGUCUGAGUGGCAUAUUGAAGGUGGUGGUUUUGAAUGCAACUGGAUUGUCCGAACCAAAGAGUUUGUCUUGUGUCAUUGAAGUUGACUCAUACGGGAUGUACUCACUAAUGGCUCGAACCAAUUCCACAGAGGAGACUCUGGAACCGGAAUGGAAUAAAGAUUUUGAUCUAGAAGUAGAUGGUGCUCGAUCCAUAAGGAUAAUUUGCUAUGAAAAUAAAAAUGGAAAAACUGAGUUUUACGACAGAGGAUUCACCACGUUGCCAAAAGCAAAACAAAUGAGGGAUAAACAUGAACAAUUUGUUAUGAAGAUGGAAAAGAUUGAAGUGAAGUUGUCUGCCAAGUAUACAUCUGCACAUAAGACACUGAAGCGUGUUCAGUCAAAAAGGAAACUAGGUGUCUUCGGUGUCCGCAUCCAGCAAGUUAUUGCACGGGAACGCACUCAGAUACCAAACAUCGUCUCACUGUGCAUACAGGAGGUUGAGAAAAGAGGUUUGGAAGAAACUGGAAUAUACAGGAUAUCUGGCUCAUCUGGAGAUGUGGCAAAAUUGAAAAAUGCAUUUGAGAAUCAUCAUAAAAGUAUUGAAAGCAUGCUGGGCCAGACAGACAUCCAUGCCGUCGCUGGUCUGAUGAAGCUGUACUUUCGUGAACUACCUGAGCCACUCUUCACUGAUAUUCUCUACCCUAAACUUGUGGAAGCCCUUAAUUUGACUCAUCAAGAAACUAAGGUGAAUACGAUGAAGUCAUUGGUUAAAAGGUUACCAACUGCGAAUCAAUCCAUUGUGUUUGCCCUCUUUAACCAUAUCAAAAGAGUUUCAGAGAGGCAGAAAGUAAACAAAAUGUCAUUGCAGAAUAUGGCAACGGUAUUUGGACCGACUCUUCUUGGACCAGGAGCUCACAAACCUGCACCAGGCAACCCUCUUCAGUCUAUUAUGGGCAUGUCGGAUGUAAUGUCACAAGUUGGUAUCCUAGCUUACCUUCUCGAGCACUGUUUUUUGUGAAUAACGAGGGCAUAUAAUUAUUAAUAAUUAAGAAAACUAUGAAGAAUACAGAAAAUUCAUAAAUGUGGACGAAGUGAAAACUAGAUGUUAUCCCUAAUACCCAAUUCACAUGUAGAUAAAAUGUAUGUGUGCGUUUGAUAUUUGUUGUUGUGUUACUUGAAGAAAGAAAUAAGAAAUGUUAAGUUUUUUAAAUACUGAUACAUUAUAUUACUACAGUUAGUCAGUAAUAUAUAUUUCUUUAUUUGUUCAAAUAAAAUUCCUGAAUUUUUUCCCCCCAUGGAAAACUGAGAUACACAGGUGAGUUGAAGAAAUUUUAGGCGCUCUGCACCUAAUAUUUCGUACCCUCUGAUGAGCAAAUUGUUUAUCAACACAGCAGGAGUUUUGAUAAAGAAAUGCAAUAUGAAAUUAACAAUGGAAUAGAUUAACAAGACAUAAAUCAGUAAAUCAAGAUGGUGUUAAGGCUAAAAACUUUAAGAAGCAAUGGUAAUGGAAUAUUUUCUUAUUAAUAAAAAAAUAAGUACAGCCAAUGUUUCUUAUCGUACAUGAUUAUGUAACCAUGUAACUUAGCUGAACUUGCCUAUUUUUUUUUUUUUUUUAUUUGCUAGUGUAUCUCAGCUUCUCAUGCUAAAUGAUAAACACUUGUAUAUUAAAUGAUAACAGAAAUAAUGCUUAUAUCUUAGUAUGAUAAUUUGAUGGUAUCAGAAUUUAACUCAAGGCCUUGGGUUUGAAAUCUUGAACUCUCAGCCACAGCUUGACUACAAAUUUUCUUCUGACCUUUGUGUGAAUAGUAACAGAUGAGGUCAUAUCCACUUUUUUUUUCUUUUUUGUUUAAAUUUUUCUACUCUAUUUCUGCAAGCAUAUUGUACAUUAAAACAUCUCGAUAAAUACAUGUUUUCACUGUUGAUUGAAAAUUAAACAAAAAAGGAUUUCUUGGAUUUCAUAAUCCAGGAGCAUGUUUUGCUUAAACGAAACUCAUAAUUAAUCUACCUAUGAGGUGGUAAUGGUAAAAUGUAUGAAAGAUUUAUUGUUUUAGCAAAUCCCUUUAUUUAGGGAUUUUAUAAAUUGAUAUUCUUUAUUAUGAUACAAAUAUCAUACUGUAUAAGUAAGAAUCAAUAUUGGCAUCUUGUUAAUCACAUUAUUUGUGUAAAGGUAUAUAAUUUAAUAAGAAUAGAUUAUUCAAAACUGAAGUAGGAAUAAAAAAAAGAAAUGUAGAUAUACAUAGAUGAAUAUAUCUAUUAAAGAAAAUGAAAGCUAACAAAAAAAUAUAGAAGUAACUGCAGACGUGGAUGAAUAUAUGUAAAUAAUAAAGAUUUUAUUUUGCCUAAUGAUUUAGUUGCAUAUUUGGUUCGUAGUCAUUCCAUGAUAGUGUAUAUAUACAUGCAGAUACAGUACCAUAAUGUAUAUAAUAGUAUAGUUACGUGUAUUAUAUUGUUGUUUAAAACAUUUUUUUGUUUGCUUGAGAAAAUCAAGAAUUGUUCUCACAGUAUAAGGGUUUAAAUAUUGUAAAGUUGUUUAAGUCAGAUAAAAUAUAGUUUCUGAAUUUAUAACAGUACAGUUUAUAAACAAUAAGGCCAAAUAUAUUUUAAAAUGUGUUUCUUACUUUUGAAUGGCAAGACUGAGUAAUCCUGCAGGAAUUCAAACAUCCUCACAAGGCCAGAAAAGAUUAUUCUUGUGUUGGCCACGUUUCGGGAAAAUAAAAAAAAAUGGGUAGGUCGGUAAGGUCGGUCGGUAAGUUGUUUUUUUUUUUAAUUUUAUUUUUUCUAACCAAUAACGUGUUUAUGCCUAAAAAGUAUAAAAUACACAAAAAUACCAUUUUUAAAUCUAUAAUGAAGAGCAAAACGAACGCAUAACACUGUCGCAUCGCCUACCGUCUAGCAAGAUAGGCCUAUUCCAGCCUUUUUGUUAAUUAAAAAAAUAUUUUUUGUUAUAGUCAAAAAAAAAAAUAAAAUAAAAUGUCGAACCCCAAUUUUUUACAUUUUGGGUCGGCUGGGCAUGGCCAACACAAUCAUUUUUUUACUUGUGAGUAUCUUUGAGUGCUAGACCUAGCGUAAGUCUAGAAUGCCUAGUCUAGUACGCACGGACACUCAGUAAUUUUGAGUGUCUGUGUGUGCUAGGCCUGCCAUAGGCCUAGGUAUGUGACUUUGUGUCUGGUGUGUUGUCUCAAUGAAGGAAAAAAGAAGCCUUAUCUUAAAGAGAUAAAGGCAAGACAAAAAACAUAUAGAUUUUUUUUAUUUAGCCUAGUAUUGUUUUUGGGUAUUUUCUAUAAUUCUUAUGUGUUCGAAAGCAUACACAUUUAAUAUAAAUAAUUAAGUAAAAGUUUUUUGUAUUUUUUGCAAAUAUUUAAGUAGAUUUUUAAGUAAUUAAAACAUUUAAUAUAUAAGUAAUUAAAACAGUUAAUUUUAUUUUGUGAGAUUAUUGCUGAAUAUUUGCAGUAAAGUAAUUAUUCUGAAUUAGUGAUACCUAUAGAUAACUAAUUAUAAGUGCUGCUUGUAGAAAGGGUAGAAAUCUAAUUGUUAACAUAGAAUAUAUUACUAUUAUUAUUUUUAUUUUUCAUUAUAACUUCAAUAAUUAUUUUUGUUAUUAGUCAUACUUUUUUUUAUUAAUAUCAAUUUGUUUUUAAAUAUUAAUCAUUAUUAUUAAUAUUAUUGUUAAUUGUUAAUGUUACUUUAUUAAUUGAAUUUAUAUUUAUUAUUGAAUAUUAAUAUAUGAGAUGUAUUAGUUAAAAUGAAGUUCUUUGUAAAUAAACCAGUUUUUGGUUACUUUUUAAGAUCUUUGAUGAAUUAUAUUAAAUUUUUAAUGAAUACAAAUUAUUUAUUACUGUCAGUAGUGUUAGCCUGUUAUUAUUUCCAUUAUUAUUUUGUGCCACUUGUUAUUGUUUGCUUUAUUUUUUUUAUUUUAAUGUUAUUUAACUUUUUUUUUUGUAAAUAUUGAUAUGCUAGAUGUAGUAUGAGUAUGAUUAUGAAUUAUUUAUUACCAUUAGAUGCUGAAUCUUACCUUAUUUUUUUCCCAAGAUUAAGAGUCUGAUUUCAGUGAUUUAUAUAUAGAGAUAAUUGGAAUAUAGUUGAUGAAAUGAAGAAUAUAGUUUUUGUUAUUAAUUAAACAUUGAUUAUGUUUGAAAGUGUAAUAUGCAAGAAUUAAAUAAGUUUAUUGAUUACCAUAAUUAGACUAAUUUUGUUGACUAUAAUGACCCUGAUACAUGUUUUCAUAUUUUAAAUGGUUUGUAUAACAUGUAUAACCAUACACCUUAGCACCAGCUUAAACUAUUUAUAAGUAUCGUAACAUCAGUUGACCUGUGAACAUAAUAGGUCAUAGGUCAUAACCUUAUUUUAUAUACCAUAUUAUAAUAUGAUCCCAAUUUCAAAUCUUUGAAGCAAGAGACUUUGUUACAUUUCUUAUUCAUUAAUUAUAGUAGUGUCUGUAAUUUGUUUAUGAUAUCAAUAAUUAUGUUAAUUCUUUGGUUGAUUGAUUUGAAUAUCAAAUCUUUGAGUUGCAAACACUUAUGUUAUAUUCUACAUUAAACAGUAAGAUGUGUUUUUCUCAGGCUCCUUAGGCAAAUUUUUCGAUCAGAUAUAAUUAUUUGAUCAAAACAUGGACCUAUUUAUAGGUCCAUGAUCAAACACAUAAUCUGUGUGUUUCCAUGUCUGUUGGUAGAUGUACAGUGGACCUUUCUGGAGUGUCAGUCAAACUGAACAAGUGACCAAUCAGAACAGGGCAAUGGAUACGUGCAUGUUCUGCAAACACUUGCGUUUUCUGAAUAGUAUGCAUGUUUCAAUAACUAGCAGAACGGUCUAUUAUAAAUAUUGAUAUAUUGGCACAUAUUAUCAAAGUUUGACUACACGUUGUCUAAUGAGAGAUAAAAAUAAUCUGAUAGAAUGGCUGAUUUUAUAUCACGUGAUUUACUUCUAAACAAACUCUCUUUUCGUAAUCUACAAGUUUGCAGUUAGAUUCCAUGUACAUAUUUGCAUUUAAAAUUAUAUAACAAUUUAAGGUUACUCCUUUGCAGUUCAGUAAGCUAGUACCUACUCAGAAUUAAUAUAAUGAUUUAACAAAAAUUACUUCUUUUUCUCUUUCACUGAUAUUUUUUAUCUUAUAAAUUAAGGUUAGAUGUAAUAAUUUGUUAUUUAUUUAUUUCUCUAUUUCGUCUCUUUAAUGUGGAAGAAAGACUCUAGGUCAAAAUACUAGCAACUUGUCUUGCCUUAUUAUUAAACGCCAAACAAUAUACGGAAUUAAAGAACCGAGUUUGUUUGGAUCAUAA